AUGUCUUCGUCCUACUACGAGCCGCAGGGCUGGCAAGCUCCUGCUGCGCGCCAGGUCUCUUGGGAACAGCCCGUGCCGCCCUCCCGGUCAGGCUCGAGCUCCGUUUCCCAGCGCGAUGAUAGCCCGGCUUUCUCCUCCCAAUUUGACGAGGUCGACCGUGCGAUCGACAAUCUUGUCAAGAGCGGCAAGCUGUGGAAUGCUCCUCGCCGGGACUCUAUGCCCAUGAUGAUGGGCCGUCCCUAUCCUGAGUACGACCCGCGCAUGGGUGGUGGCCCCCAGCGACACCAUUCAAUCAGCGAGUUCGACAAUACCCGGUUACACCCAUCAGGCAACGUGCAGGGCUUCUAUGCCUCCCAGCGGUACCAGGGCCGUCCCAAUGAGGUAGAGCAGAUGAUGCAGGCAAAGCGUCGGAUGGCGGCACAGCGUGAACGGGAGCUCCGCAACUACCACCAGGAGCAGCAGUACAACCGAAGCCUCCUCGCCGAAAUGUCCGCAAACAAAUCCGAUCGUUCCAACAGCCCGGCGGCUAUGAGUGAAGACAGCCGCCGUGACCUUAUUGCUCGCCAGCACCGCGCCUUGUACGGCAACGAGAGUCCCGCUUUCCUACCCCCAGGACCCCUGUCUGAUGACCACAACAGGGCCGACAGCCAAGCCACCGGCACUCCUUCCUCGGCCGCUCGAGGCUCCUCUCCCCGUGGAGUUGAUCCAUUCGGUCUGACUCAGGCCGGUGGUGCUCCUGUUGAGGGGCAGUCUCCAUCCCGUGCCAACAGCACCUCCUCACCGAGCUCCGCCAUCAACGCUGGCUUCCCCGAACAGCCCGGUACAUCUGCAUCCUCGCCCGGAGCUGCGGACUCGCCUUCGUCUCGCCAGGGUGCCUCCAAGCAGUCCAUUGGCUCCGUCGGUCCCAUCGGCUCGCGUCCGGUCCCUGGCCAGGCUUCUGCCGCCCCAGUCUCUAACCCAGCCCUGAACAAGCAGCGCUCGACGACACCUCUGCCAUCCCCACUGGGCUUCGGUUUCACCCCCAGUGAGGCUGCCGCCGCCGCCGCAGGAGACCGUUCUACUUCUGCUUCCUCCAACCCAGCUGUGACCGCGACCACUAACGCCCAGGGUCCCAAGGACUCGUCGGCCGGUGUCGGUCUCGGCUGGAGCAACAACGGCGGUGUCUGGGGCUCGAAGAGCGGACUUGGCGUACAGGCCUCUGUGUGGGGCUAA